CUACGUCGAGCUUGCCGGGAGGCGGGCCCAGAGCGCCUUUCUCACCAGAGCCUGCCGCCGGGAAGCGCCAGAGGUCGGUCGACCAGAUUGCUCCGGCAGUGAGAACCAAAAAUGAUAGCUGCAGGAAAAUUUUCAAGUCUUCCCAGAAGUGGCCCAGUGAACCACCAGUUUUCCUUGGCUUCUUCCAUGGACUUAUUGACCACUAAACCUUCACCAGUUGAGCAUCGCUCAGAGUCUUUUCAAGAUGUCUCUAUCCAUGGCACUCUCCCCAGGAAGAAGAAAGGGAUAAUUCCCACUAGGUCUUGUGAUAUAUUCAGCCAGGUGGGAACAUUACCAUACACCAAAACACAUCGGCAGCAGCCACCUUUUGUACAGGAUCUUAUAGAAGAGUACCCUCCACAAAAUGGGAAGAGCAACAAACUCCGUGCCAGAGAUCAGAAUGUUUUGGAUCCUACUUUGGAGUAUGUUAAGUUUUCUAGGGAGCGGCAGGUUAUGGACAACAGCCCAGAAAAAUUAAAGAAGGAGUUAGAGGAAGAGCUGCAGCUAAAUAGUGAAGACUUGCGUAGCCAUGCCUGGUACCAUGGACGUAUUCCUCGGCAGGUGGCAGAAGGCCUGGUUCAGAGAGAUGGAGAUUUUCUGAUCAGAGAUUCUCUCUCCAGUCCUGGGAACUUUGUUCUUACCUGUCAGUGGAAAAAUACCUCUCAGCAUUUUAAAAUCAACAGAACAGUUCUAAGACUGAAUGAAGCCUACUGCCGUGUUCAGUAUCAGUUUGAACUUGAAAGUUUUGACAGCAUUCCUGGUUUAGUUAGGUACUACGUUGGGAAUCGUGCACCAAUAUCAAAGCAGAGUGGAGCAAUUAUUUUUCAGCCUAUCAACAGGACUGUGCCUCUCAGGUGUCUAGAAGAAAAGUAUGGUGUAACUCCAGUCCGACAAAAAGACCCAAAUAUCCCUGAAGGAAAAACAGAAGCUGCCAAAAGGCUGAGUCUUGGUCUAUCAAGCAUGCAGUUCCCAGAGCAGAGCAUAACCAGAGGAAAACUUCUGAGAAACAAAGAAAAAAGUGGUAGCCAGCCAGCUAGUUUGGAUCAUGUUCUGGAGAAAAGAUUCCCUUUGAAGGCUCAUCAGUCGGAGAGCUAUCUGUUAAUAGGUUUAGGACAUCCAUCUCGAUUACCUGAAGCAGAGACAAACUCCUGUCCAAGCUCUCCUGCAUUUCGAACAGGCAGUGAACCAUCUCUAAGCCCCACAGUUGUUCAGAGAGUCACAUCAGAGUCACAAGUAGGGGAAGCUCUAAGAGGAUCAGACAGUCAGCUCUGUCCGAAGCCUCCAGCUAAACCCAGCAAAGCUCUCCUGAUGAAACCCCUAGAUUCUCCUUUGGCUUCAUACAGUGCAGAAGGUCACUAUUGUAAACUGAGCCCUACCAGAGAUUCUGCACCAACAAAACAACAUUUAUGUCAGAAAAAUAGCUAUGUGGAACAUCUGACACGAAAGGAGGGAGGAACGCACUCAUUCAGGAACUCUGAAACAAACUACUUGAUCCUGGAAGAUGACCUUACAGGGAACUCUGCAGAUCCUUUAGAAGCUUCACCUGAGAUGGCAGAAGACGACAGCAUCUUUUCUGCACCAGUUUUUGAGACAGUGUCUAGUUUUAAACCAAAUGAUUUUGAAUCCAAACUACUUCCUCCUGAAAACAAGCCACUGGAAACAUCAAUGUUAAGAAGAGUCAAGGAGCUUUUCAACAACAACAAUCCAAAGAUUAUUGCCCAGCAUAUUCUCAGAAUGGACUGCAAGGUGGCGAGGAUACUAGAAGUCUCUGAGGAGAUGAGGAGGAUUAUGGGAGUGAACUCUGGUCUUGAACUGAUUACCUUGCCUCACGGACAUCAACUGCGCCUUGACCUGAUUGAAAGGCACAAUACCAUGGCAAUAGGAAUAGCUGUGGAUAUCUUGGGUUGCACAGGAAAUCUACAAGAUAGAGCAGCAACAUUAAACAGGAUCAUCCAAGUCGCAGUGGAGCUGAAGGACUCACUAGGGGAUCUGUAUGCAUUUUCUGCCAUAAUGAAAGCACUGGAAAUGCCACAGGUCACUAGGCUGGAACAAACCUGGACCUCUCUAAGACAUCAUUACACCCAGACUGCCAUUAUGUAUGAAAAACAGCUGAAGCCAUUUAGGAAAGCUUUGCAUGAAGGACAAGAUGAGUGGAACAAGACUCUACAGAACAAUGUAACAGUGCCACUGCUAAUGCCUCUCAUUACCUUGAUGGAGCGACAAGCUGUUGUGUUCGAAGGCAUGGACCUGUGGGAAAGCAGUGACCAAAGCUGUGAAAUAAUGCUCAGGCACUUGGCUACAGCUCGCCAGAUAGCACAGAACGCAGAAAUGUACAGCUUGACUGCAGAGCGGAUGCUGGAAGGUUUCCAACCCGAUGAAGAGAUGAGUGAAAUCUUCAAGACAGAAUUUCAAAUGAGAUUGCUCUGGGGCAGCAAAGGAGCACAAGUUAACCAAAAUGAAAGAUACGAGAAGUUCAGCCAGAUUUUAACUGCACUUUCACGAAAACUGGAACCUCCUGCACUGAAGCUGGUGGAACAACUAAGUAUCUAAGAGUCUGUAAACACUGUUUAAAUUAUAUACUUGAAAUAACCUUACCGGGUUUUUGGCAACUUGACACUGCACAAACUUCUUGCAUUGCACGGGAAGUUUAGAACUUUUAACUGCACACUUGUUUUGAAACUACUGAUUUCUAAACAAAUUAUUUAUUUGUCGUAUCACCAAGUCAUUUAAUGAUCCCUGUAAGCAGUUAGGUUAUCUCUGUAAGACAGUCUUACAGCUUUUUGCAUUUCCCCCAAGCUGUGA